AUGUGGUAUCUCCCUAUAGCUGAUAGGUUGAAGAGAAUGUAUCAGAGCAAGAAGACUGCAGCGGCAAUGAGGUGGCAUGCUGAGCACCAAGCAAAAGAGGGAGAAAUGUGUCAUCCAUCUGAUGCGGCGGAGUGGAAAAACUUUCAAGAAAUACAUCCCCGGUUUGCCGAAGAACCACGUAAUGUUUAUCUUGGAUUAUGUACUGAUGGAUUCAAUCCAUUUGGAAGGUCUCAUAAUCAUUCGUUGUGGCCUGUGAUCUUGACUCCGUAUAAUCUGUCCCCCGGUAUGUGCAUGAAAACAGAGUACAUGUUUCUUACAAUGCUAAAUUCCGGGCCAAAUCAUCCACGAGCUAGUCUUGAUAUCUUCCUCAAACCUCUGAUUGAGGAGUUAAAAGAACUAUGGUCAACUAGAGUUGAAGCAUACGAUGUGUCCUUGAAUCAAAAUUUUAACCUAAAAGCCGUGCUUCUGUGGACGAUAAGCGACUUUCCGGCGUACAGCAUGCUUUCCGGCGUACAGCAUGCUUUCCGGAUGGACGACCCAUGGAAGACGUGUUGGUUUGAUUGUCACCGAAGAAUUCUUCCUUGUAAUCAUCCACUGAGGAAGAAUAGAAAAGACUUCUUGAAGAGAAAAUAUGCGGUAAAUGAAGUUCUACCUGAUUCUUUGACUGGUGAGCAAGUUUAUUCAGAGCAGUUAAAUGGUGUCAAUCCUCCUAAAACGUCUGUUUGCGGUGGAAAUGGUCAUGAAAAGAAGAAGCCUGGAUAUGGAAAGUACCAUAAUUGGCACAAGGAAAUCAUAUUUUGGGAGUUGCCAUACUGGAGGGAUCUAAUUCUCCGUCAUAAUCUUGAUGUGAUGCAUAUCGAGAAGAAUUUUUUCGACAACAUCAUGAAUACUCUUAUGAAUGUGAAGGGUAAAUCGAAAGACACAAUCCAGUCAAGAUUGGAUAUAUCAGAGUUUUGUGAUCGGCCACACUUACAUGUUGAUGGUGAUGGUCAAGCUCCAUUUCCUCCCUACACAUUGGACGAAGCCGGGAAAAAAAGUUUAUUGGAAUGUGUGAAACACGAAGUUAAAUUUCCCGACGGUUAUGCUUCAGACUUAGCUAAUUGUGUUGAUAUGGAGAACAACAAGUUCUCUGGCAUGAAGAGUCAUGACUGCCAUGUUUUUAUGGAGCGGCUACUUCCAUUUAUCUUUUCAGAACUCCUAGACAAAAAUGUCCAUCUUGCAUUAUCAGGUGAUGGAUUGUUUACACGAUUUGAUGAAGGUGAAGUCCCUGUAUAUUGUGUCCAUGGAGUGCCUGAUAUAUUUACACAUGUAGGUCGUCCGAGUGGAGAAAUGCAAGAGAUAUGGCUUUCCGAGAAAGACUAUAACUGCGCACAUUCAUAUGUAUUGCGAAAUUGUGAUUAUUUUCAGCCAUUUGAGAGGAUGUUUGAAGAUUAUCUAACUGCAAAAUACGUAGACAUUUCCGAGAAAGAACUCUCCACAAAGAGAGCUGACGAAUAUCAUAUAUGGGUGAAAGAUUACGUUCGUUACUGGAGCAACACACACGAGUUUCCUGUGUGGGUCAAAAAUAUUGCGAAUGGACCCGUAAAUAAGGCCAAAACCUGGCCCAUCUACUUCACCAGAGAUUUCUUAUUUCAUACGCAAGAGCAUGGUGAGGGACGAAAGACUUGCAACUAUGGCAUAUGUGUUAAAGGAGAGAGUUACACAAAUGCAUCAGAUGAAGCUGAUUACUAUGGGAUCUUAACUGAUAUCAUUCAAAUUGAGUAUGAGGGGGUGGUGAAUUUGAAAAUUACACUUUUUAAGUGUAAGUGCUAUGAUCCUGUGAUUGGUAGAGGCACUCGGCGGAGCAAUGGUGGCAUCGUGGACGUUCUUUCAUCGAGGAAAUACUAUGAAUACGAACCAUUUAUUCUAGGAGAAUACGAAGACAACGAACCGAUAGUGUUACAACAAGACAAUGAUGAUGCUGUAUUGAUGACUACAAUUGAAGAUAUACCAGUCGACCAUUUGUUACAUGCUCGAGGAGAACCGAUUAAUCUUGAUAUUGAUGUCGAAGAUGCAGAACCGGAGGAUGAAUUCCAAUGUAAUCUAUCCUCGACUUCUUCUGAUGAUGAAGGUGAAGAUGGAGAAACACCAUCCUAA